AUGCCCAUAGCACCCAUCAUCACCUUCAAAGCAGGCAUUUGCGAUCUUGACACCUCAGUUACUCCACCCAGAGUAAAACCAAAGCCAAUUCCAGGCUACAUUUACCUUUAUACAGAAGAUGAUCUGGUACACUUUUGUUGGCGUCCACGCUCUGCUUCGCUCGACGAACCGGAGCUAGACUUAGUCAUGGUCCCAUCCGACGGCACUUUUAUCCCGUACAAACCCACAAACGCAGAAAUCCACUCCAACUCAAACAGACCCACCAACGGAAGAGUAUUUGUCUUGAAAUUCUCCUCAAGCUCGCAAAGACAUCUAUUCUGGCUGCAGUCGGCAAACCAACAUCGGAACGGGAACCCGGCUUGGUUCAGCACAAGAGACCUAGAGCUAGGACGAAUCGUAAAUACGUUACUACAGGGUGAGGAAAUCGAUGUUCAGGGUGCCAUCGCUAACCUCCCAAGGAACAAUAAUGGCGGCGGAGGUGAUGGCGACGAGACAAUGGAGGAUGUCGAAGGGACAGACCACAGUACAACUCACCGAAGAGGCGGUAGCGGUGGCGCAGGACCAGAUGCUACGGGCGGAGAUAUUCGGGAGGAAGGACAGGAGUCGAGGGAAGGUGGAGCGGACGGUGGAAGAGCCGCACAUGCCUCCUCAGAUCCAUCCUCAGUUGUCCAGAAUCUCAUCAGAUCCCUCCAACAUGGAAACCAAGGGUCUAGCUCAGAAGCAGCCGUAGAUCCAUUCACAACACUUGCAGAUUUGCUCACCCCGUCAUCAACGCUCCCCCUCAUUGAGUCAGCGGACUUGCAAACAAUCGACCACCUUCUCAACUUCCUCCCCACCUCCUUACUAUUCCUUGCGCAAGACAUCGAUGAAAUACUCAAUGAUGCCGAGACAGACUCCGAAGCCGCCAAAACCGCAUUGCAAGUUCUAACUCUGGAACAAAAACGAGAUAUACUCAGGAGAGUUCUCCGAUCCCCGCAAUUUAUGCAGAGUCUCGGCAGUCUUACGGUUGCACUGCGUGACGGCGGACUGCCUAGCAUCAGCGAUGCGCUAAAUAUCAAAGUGGAAAAUGGCGGGUUUUUGCGGCAUGGUGGCGUUCCUCUGGGAGGAGGCGAUGCUGUUCGUGCGUUUUUGGAUGGAGUCAGGAGGCAUGUUGAAGAAAUGGAGAAUGGAGAAGACAAGAUGGAGACAGAUUAG